CCGGAGACCGGGAUAAGCAUACAAAAAAAUAAAUUUAUUGAGGAGUUGUAGUGGCAUCGGUUCAAAAUGGUAAAACAGAAUAUGAAAUCGAAGGACGUAUCUUCAGUGCCCGAGUACUAUGCCGGAAAAAAUGUUUUCAUUACGGGUGGGACUGGAUUUCUUGGCAAGGCCCUUAUAGAGAAACUUCUAUACAGUUGCAAUGAUAUUGGCAAAGUGUUCAUGCUGAUACGAGAGAAGAAAGGAGUUUCUGCUCAAGACAGAAUAAAAAUCAUGCUUGAAACUGAGCCAUUUGCACGACUUAGAAACGAGAGGCCCCAAGACUUCAAAAAGAUUGUUCCUGUGUAUGGUGAUCUUGUAGCUGAUUCGCUGGGAAUCAGCGCUGAGGAUCAAGAAAUUCUUUUUGAAGAGGUGUCCGUAGUCUUCCACUUAGCAGCAACAAUCAAAUUUAACGAACCGUUAUCCGUAGCUAUGAAAGUUAAUGUGGAAGGCACGCAGGAAGUUCUGAAAUUGGCGCAAAAAAUGAAGCAAUUGGAAUCCUUCGUCUACAUGUCAACGGCUUUUUCAAAUACAUCCCUGCAGAGAUACCACGUGGAAGAGAAAAUGUACCCUCCACCCAAGCCUAUGGAGGAAGUUUACGACCUGAUUAAAAGCAACGAUCCCAAUGAACGUUUUAAUUCCGAUAUUUUAGAUGGUCGCCCAAACACAUACACAUUCACAAAGGCACUUGCCGAAAACUUUGUUGUUGAUAACCACGGCGACUUACCAUGCGUAAUCGUUCGACCAUCAGUAGUAACUGCCGCCUUAAAAGAACCCGUCGAAGGAUGGAUUGACAAUUGGCAAGGCGCGACCCCAGUCCUCUCUCUCAUCGCUAAAGGUUGGGUGCGCUGCCUCUACGGUGAAAAAAUAAACAACUUUGAAAUUAUUCCCAUAGACUACGUUGUCAACCUCACCAUCAUCAGUGGUGCAAAUUGCAAGAAAUCAAAGAAUGUUCCCAUCUACCAUUGCUGCAGCAGUGGAAGUAACCCAAUCACACUAAAGGAAACAUCUAUUUUAUACACGGCGGAAAGCGUGAAGCAUGGAUAUAACGAACUGCCACUACCGGGAAUGAUAUUUUCAAAAUCAUCAUGGAUUUUAUUCCUCAUGACGCUUAUCUUUCAAGUAAUUCCAUCAUAUUUGGCUGACUUAUUCCUUUACGUCAUUGGAAAACCAACUAGAUACGUCAAAAUCCAAACCAAACUAGCUUCAUACCUGGAUACCAUUCGUUUCUUCAGCUCACAUUCAUGGAAUAUCACUAACGACAAGACGAGGGGACUGUUCUCUAGUCUCAAUUCUGCUGAUAAAGACCUCUAUCCCUGUGAUGCGAAUCUUAUUGACUGGAAUCAAUACAUUCCUAUCUACUUUAGAGGCGUCAAACAAUUCUUGGUAGAUCCAGCAGAGAAGAAAAGACAGUGAAUUAGACAUUAAUUUGUGGUUAGGUUCAGGAAAAUCUGCUUGAUAAUUUUAAGUUUGUACAAUAUAGAUUUAUUUGAUAUAAGGUAAUGUUGCACUUAUGUAAGAUAUUUUUUAUAUAAUGGAAAGCAAUUAAUGUUAAUAAAUAUUUCCAGGUUUUCAUAAUUAACUGUCUAAGGCUGAAGUUAUAAAAAGUAAAUACUAAUCAAAAUAGCGCUAAGUAUUACUCCUGUAUGUCAAAUUAAAUUCAAAUUUAUACUUAGCGCUAGCAACAUUACCUUGAGACUUUACUUAGGCUUUGUUUGUAUAAUUUUCUGAGCUGAGAAUUAACUGAGUGCGCGCUAAGUAAACGCUCUUGCACAUCUUAUUUAUUACAUUUUUUUGUAUUUAUUCGGCUCACCAAUAAGAUUAUUCGGCCGAAUAUUUAUAUCCAAUUAUAUAUAAAUAAUAUAUUUAUAUAUAUGACGGUUUAUAAACUCUUAUUUAAUAUAAAUAUAUAUUCAUGCAUGCUUUUGUGGAAACGUUUUAAAUAGGUACGUUUCAUCUUAGGGGUUAAUUGUAUUUAUAAAUAACAGUUAACGUAAUAUGUUUGAAUCUAUUUUAAAAAUUAUACAUCAUACAUAGAAGGUCCCAGGUUUGAGAAAAUUAAUUUUAAUUCAGUUUACCAAAUUGUGAUAUUAGAUAAUAUAUUAGAUUUAAGUAUGUUAUAUACGUCGGGUUUAAUCUUUAAUAAAAUUUUAUAAGAAUAUUUAUUUUUAACUAAUAACUGAUACCGCGAAAUAUUAAGUAAAACUUUAGUUAAUAGUAGUUAAUUGUAAAAAUAAUAUUUGUCAUGAAGGAAAAGCUCAAAAAAUAUUUUUUAUGAAUUUGAAAAAGUUACCUACAGCUCUUAUUGCCAUGACAACCAUAUUUUGUUGUAAACACAGAAAUAACACGGUAACCUAUUUUUGUUGAAAAAUAUAUAGCAUUUCACACAUUAGAAAACUAUAACUAACGUUGUAGCGACACUUGUAUUAUAUAAU